UAAAUUCAUGCACGAGUCUCGUUCAAUGCUACAGCCAUUCGCAUCAACAACUCUACAAUCCUCCAGAUUUCCAAGUUUCAGAGCUUCUUUCUACGUUAAUCCACCGCCAUGUCCAGCACCUGCGGAAACUGCGACUGCGCUGACAAGAGCCAGUGCGUGAAGAAGGGCAGCAGCUACACCGCUGACAUCGUUGAGACUGAGAAGAGCUUUGUCUCCACUGUUGUGAUGGAGGUUCCUGCUGCUGCCGAGAACGAUGGCAAGUGCAAGUGUGGUGCUAACUGCACCUGCACUACCUGCACUUGUGGUCACUGAACUCUUUAACAUAUAGUGUGAUGGAGUUGCUAAUAACGUAAUUUAGCUAAAUAAUGUGUGUGUUAUGUUGUAAUACUUGUGGCUAUGGAGUGAUGUGUUUCUUUCCAUGGUUGUGUUUGUUUACAGGCCAUAUCUAAUAUGGCCUUGUGUGGCUCAAUUAAUGAAUUGCUAUUAGUAUA